CCACCACUAGGUCGAAAUGGAGGCGUCGAGCAGCACCAUGCUGAAGCCGGCCUACUCCACGCCUCGCCCUCUUGCCUGCGAGAUGGUUCCGCUGACCCUCUUCGACCGCGCCACCUUGGACAUCUUUGUCCCCCUCAUCCUCGUCUACCCCGCGCCGACUCCGUCCAACAAGGCGCUCAAGGAGGGCCUGCGCAGGGCCGUCGCGGUGUACCCACACCUGGCCGGACGCCUCGCCGUCGACCACCGGGGCAGGCGUUUCAUCCACGUCAACAACGAGGGCGUGCUUGUCGUAGAGGCCGUCAUCCCCGUCGAUCUAGCGAGCGCGGUCGUCGACGGCAGUGUCGUCACCAACACCGAUGAACUGUACCCUGCAGUGCCGCCGCCGGAGGAUAGCGUCGGGGCGGCCCUUCUACAGAUACAGCUCAACCGGUACAAGUGCGGCGGCCUCGCGAUCGGCUUCAGCAGCCACCACCAGGCCGCCGAUGGCUACUCCGUUAGCACCUUCCUCUCCACGUGGGCCAGCGCGGUACGGCAAGGCCGGAACUUCACCGCCCCGUUCCCUUUCCUCGAUCGCGGCGCGACCGCCGUUCCUCGGGCUGUGCCGACGCCUGUGUUCGACCACAGGUCCACCGAGUUCAAGGGAGAAGGCGGCAGGUCGUACCCUGUCGUCUCCGAUCCCAUGUCCUCCAAGAUCAAGAACGUAACGGUGCGCUUUACGGCCGACUUCAUCGCCGAGCUCAAGGCCCGCGUCGGAAUCCGGUGUAGCACGUUCCAGUGCCUGCUCGCGCACGCGUGGAAGAAGAUCACGGCGGCGCGCGGCCUGAAGCCUGAUGAGUUCACGCAGGUCAGGGUGGCCGUGAACUGCCGGGCCAGGGCCAACCCUCCCGCGCCACCGGAAUUCUUCGGGAACAUGGUGCUUUGGGCGUUUCCAAGGCUUCAGGCCCGGGAUGUCCUGGGCUGGACCUACCGCGGCGUGGUGGAGGCCAUCCGCGACGCCGUCGCCCGCGUGGACGCCGAGUACAUCCAGUCGUUCGUGGACUUCGGCAGCGUAGCGGACGCUACCGGGGAGGAGCUCGCGGCGACGGCGGCGGUCAACGGCACAAUGUUCUGUCCGGACCUGGAGGUGGACAGCAGCCUGGGUUUCAGGUUCAACCAGAUUGACUUCGGCACUGGGCCGCCCUCCGCGUUCGUCACGCCGGACCUGCCCAUCGAAGGCCUCAUGAUCUUCUUGCCGUCGUGCACGGCCAGUGGUGGCGUCGACCUCAUCAUGGCCAUCCCGGAGGAUCAUGAUACGGCGACCUUCUACUCCUUGGAUGAGAGAGCUAAACCAAAGAUGUAAAAUUAAUGCUCCCUCUAAUCAUACAUAGAUGGUGAAGGUCGUUUUUUCA